AUGUUUAGAAUACUAAUUAGUUCAACUACAAAAGCAUCUUAAAAAUUAAGCUAAUCGUUCAAUAAAGAUGAAUUAAUAGGACAAUCAUUGAGUCCAAAUUAAAAAACAAAUUAAAGCAUGGGAUAAAAAAAAGUGAAUAAAGCAAUAUAAUAUCAGCAAGAAUUACUAAAAUUAAUGACAAGUCAUAAACAAUUAUCGUCUGGAAAUAAAAAAGAAUAUAUUUCAGAUGUGAUGAGUUAACAAAAGGAAAGUAAGCGAAAUAAUUCUGGUGCAAGUCAACACUAGAAAUAAUAAUCAUCAAACAAAUUGAGUUUUGUUAAUGCAGGAAUUACAAUAAUAGUGAAUCAUGAGAAUCAAUAAAUUAAAUUUAAUAUUGAAUCUUUAAAAACAACAGUAUAGAUAGAAGAAUACUUGAAAUAAGAAAUAAAGAAACAUUGA